GAACAUGACUUUUGAUCAGUUGUGUUAAAUUUAUGUGCGUGUAACGUUUUUCAGUUCAGCCACAAACUGCAACAACAUGGGAAACGAUAUGAAGGAUAAGAAAAAGAAAAAAAAGGAAUUACAAGCGAUGGACGAGCAAUCAUCAUCCAGCUCUUCGUCUAGUUCUGAGAACAUGGAAGAAAUUUCUUGCACCCCUAAGAAGGAAGAACCCAUUCAUGACAUCUCUCAGCAGGAAGUCGACCCACAAACGUCCCGUGAACAGCUAGCGACUCCCCUCUCCCCUCAGCAGGAGAGAGUGACUCCUCUCACUCCUCAGCAGCAAGGAGCCAUUCCACGCCGUCACCAAGAGCAGGAAUCCGUUCCAGAAGCUGUCCUGCAGGAGGGAGUGACACCUCCGUCGCAGCACGAAGACAUUCGAUGUCGCCGUCGCCGAGAGCUGGACGCCAUUGUAGAAACUUUAGCGACACAGAAGAACGGAGAAAAGCAGCAAAAUCAGCAAGAGCAUCAAGCGAUUCCACCGACUUUCCAGCAGGUGGGAGUGAAUCCUGUCGCUCCUCAGCAGCAAGGAUCCGUUCCAGGCCGUCACGAAGAGCAACAAGCGAUUCCACCGACUUUGCAGCAAGAGAGAGCGCAUCUUGGCUCCCCUCAACAGCAAGGAGCCAGUCGAGGCCGUCGCCAAGGUGAACGUGAAGUACUUUUGGAACCACCUCCUUAUGAACUGCAUGCUCCAAGCCCAGCUGCUCAUGAUCGCGAGCCAGAAGAAGAAAUACAGCAUAUGGAAGAGGGACGGAUUUACAACAUUUCAAUCCCAGAGGACACUCACCAACCUGUACCUGUGUUUGAUCCUGAGCCAUGGCGGAAUAGAGCAUGUGAGAUCGAUUUCCUGGGAAAAAAACUAAAUAUUUUUUUUAUUGUCAUCGGAUUAGUCGGUCUAGUAUUCGUUAUAAAUGAGCUUCCUGCAUUCUCUGCGGUUGAGAAACAAAGGUCCAAAUUACCUAAACCGAUUUACCGCCUAGACACUGAAUCUGAAUAUAAAUUGCCAGAAGCUUCAAAACUCUUAGUACGGCUUCAUGGCAAGGACAAUCUUAAUUCCUGCAAUUCCCUUUACACCGUGGCUUGUGACGCGUAUGACAAAAGACAUAAAUGGCAUGUAAAGUCCACCAAGAAUGUCCGUUCGCAGAUGGAAGAAAGAAUCCAUAAUUGGAUUACAGAUCAGGAAGACAGGUGGAUUAAAUUUACCCACAAUUUCGAUAUAGUCAGAAAGUUCUACCGGCUCUGUACGGCCGAUCCUGAUAUAAAGACCGGUAGAUACUUCGAUGAGCUCCUCAGCAGGACUGGCAAUGCAGCGAAACUUAACUAUGCUGCAUCUUUUGAGCUCACUGGUGCAGCGCUCAAGAAUGGUCUUUUUGCGUACGUAUUCGCGGAACCGUCAAUAGUGGAAACCGAUGAGGGAUUGGCAGAAUUUGAGUUAAACCUGCCCUCGGUCAUUGUAAAUGACAUGUAUGAGAGGAUGUGGCAGCCUCAUAGACUCUAUAAAAUCAAGUCACUGAUACAUAGUUGGAUGUCGCCGAAAGGCCUAUUUAAAAAUGGCAAAUUGGAAAAAUUUGCAAUUGACAUUCUAAAUCUUAUAAAAAACGUCAACUCUUCCAAAUUCAACCCAGAACAUGCUUGGUUGGAAAAACAUUUUAUAGAACGAUCAACUGGAGUCAGUAAACCCAGGUAUAAAAUUAACCCCAAGAUGGAACACUACUUGCACGAUCUCAAUGAGCUGCUUGGCAAAACUGACCUAAAUAUUGUUGUAAACUACUUCAAGAUCAUGGUAAUCAUUCACGAUUGCAUUUACCUCCCAGGUCGAGAAGUCAAUGGAUGUGCGGACUUCCAUGGAAUGAAACCGUUCAACGAAACCUGUUAUUCCAUUGCUAGAAACAGUACAUGGUUCCAAGGAUUGCACGUCUUCGAAUACACGCAAAAUUAUAUAAGCGAAAUAAACACCGUCACAAUAAAUAGGAUCACACAUUCAGUUAUAAAAACUCUAGAAAACAGGCUGAAAGGGGAUAUGUGGCUUAACAGCAUAGCAGUAAAUGGCGCCAUUCAGCAUCUGAACAAUUUAACUGCAGUUUUGGGGUGGAAACCAUACAUCGGAUCAAUCGAAUACGAACAGAAAUCGUAUCCACAUCUUUAUAGGUCUCAGUAUGGUUCGCACUUGAUACAUUUCGUAACUGGUAUGCGUCAGAACUAUACACAUGCACAGUGGUUGAAAACCCAGUUGUCCGCUCGUGAUCUUGAUAUAGUCAAUCGACUGCACCAUCCCAUGGCAAUUUCCGAAUGGGCAAACUACCAUCCGCUGACACACGAAUUAG